CAGCAGUUUAGCAUGAUUAGAUGCCGAAAUCCUGGCAUUCUCAACGCACUCGCUUGAUUUUCAAUUUCAGUUUACAACAACAGUCAACAGUGAUGAAAAUGUCGAUCUAAAUCUAGUUUUCAUUAGAUUUUGAAGAAAAGGCAUCAUGACGGCGUCCAUGGAUGCGGCGUUUCGUACUGCAAUGUCCUUUCGCUUUUAUCGCACUCUUUUUAGAAAUGAAGAUGGAUCCCCCAUUAUGUUCUAUUCAGAUUAUCAAUCUGAGAGUCUCAGACAGAUCAUUGAAAGAGGCGGUGGAUACAUAGUUGGUGAAAGGAACAAGUGUCGUUAUGCACUGUGUGAAAAGAAAACAGAUGACAGAUUGAGCCAAGGGUUUCUCUCAGUCCAGUUCGUGUUGGACUGUGUCAAAAAGAACAGAUUGCUGGACGAGUCGCGAUAUAGACAAAGUUUGAGGAGCUCACAGAAUGGGGAGUCGUCCUGUCAAAGUCAAAAGUCAAGUAGAAGGGUCGUGGAGGAACCUGACGCAUUUGACCUCAGUAGCUUCAAGGCUGACAGUCUGCCUCUUCAUACUGGGAAACGAUCCCUGUACUCAGGACGGAUUAAGUAUACCGAUGCUGAGGAUCUGAAGAUGAUCCGCUAUAUCGUCGACAACAAACGCUAUUCAGAAAUCGGAGGGAACAUCCUCUGGAAAAACAUGGAGGCCUUGAGAGUUACUCUUCAUACACACCAGAGUAUGAAGGCGCGGUUCAGAAACGUCAUACUGAAGCAGAUCAAUGCGUAUGACAUACCAGCUGUUUGGAAAGCGAAACUCACCGGUGACUUUCACACGAAAUGGAGAGAUGGCUCUUUAGGCCAAGUCGGUAGUGCUCCCACUACAGUUGCUGCUGCUGAAAAGGACAUUGAGGAAGAGGACGAGGAGGUGGUGAUACUGGAUGUCCCAUCACCAAAGUCCCAGACAGAAAAAAGCAACCAGCCUUCAGUGGUAGAAGAUUUAAUUGACGACGACCUCGAUCAGUUGAUUGUGUCUUCUGCUCUGUCACAGUCGACGUCUACUCAACCGCAAUCCUCUUUUGCCAAGCCUAGUUCAUCUUCAGUACCCCGGAAGGAAACUCCUGCGCAGUCUUGUUCUUCUACCAUGCAGCCACAAUCAUCGAAACGAACAUAUUGUCCUGUUGUACAGUCGCAGUCAUCAAAUCAAGCAUGUAAAACUUCUAGCCAAAACCAACCCCAACCCCCUACACAAACACAUUCAACUGCAGCAUCGAGAGAGACACGUUCAUCAUCUAGCCAGCGGCAAUCGCCAACACAAACACGUUCAACUUCUGGCCAACCACAAUCGCCAACACAAAAGCGUUUAACUUCUGGCCAACCACAAUCACCAAGACUGACACGUUCAACUUCUGGCCAACCACAAUCGCCAAGACUGACACAUUCAACUUCUAGCCAACCACAAUCGCCUGCACAGACACAUUCAACUUCUGGCCAACCACAAUCACCAAGACAAACACGUUCAACAUCUGACCAACAGCAAUCAUCUUCUUCCAACCAGCAACAAGACCCGACAGUUUUCAGACAGUGCAAAAAAGUUCAAGAGAAAAGUGGACAGGCUCAUAAUACUCAAGGAGGGAGCGACUCUCCGGACACUGACAACAUCUUGCAGGUCGAGGACAAGGAGAGCCUCCCGUCAUGUAGUGGCCUCUCCUCGUCUGCACGCAGAAAGAAGAAGAGCAGUUGGUCAAAUUCUAGUUCCUGUAGUGAAAUGUCGUGCCCAGCAGCGAGAGGAGAGAAGAACCCUCAAUUUUCCAAUGAAGGUAGUGAUUCAGAAAGUGAUGGUUAUGACGCGGAGGAUGAAGUGCGGCCGAACAAAGUGAAAGGCAGGAGCAAGAGGAAAGGGUCUCGACGAGAUACACGUCAUGAGCCAGUGGAGAAACAGCUGAAAGUCUCUGCAGGCCCAUCUUCCAAGAGCAGUGAGGCCGCCUCACAGCAAAGAGAGUCCUCGGAGGAAGGGGGGACAGAAAACAAAGAGCGACUGCAUCGGCGUCUGAUGUUUCUGUGCCGGAAGUUCCACCUGACGUUAUCGGAGGCUUGCAUGCUGUUGCUGGAGUUUGAUGGGAAUUUUCAAGCAGCUGUUGCGAGCUUCUACCCUAGCUGAGCUGUUAUGAACGAUGAAUUCGUCACUGCCUUUUGUUACCUGUAUAUAUAAUAUAUGACAAUAUAUUGGAAUAAAAAUUGUAUUGUUUUAGUUAAGCUGAGAACACAAUAUAACGAGCCAGAACAGAAGUAAUGAAUGAAAGAACCUUUAUUGGUCCGUGGCAAGAAAGUUUGCAUGGUCAUAUUCAUACAUAGUUGGACAACAACUUGAUUAGUGUAUACUCUCUCUCUCUCUCUCUCUCUCUCUCUCUCUCUCUCUCUCUCUCUCUCUCUCUCUCUCUCUCUCUCUCUCUCUCUCUCUCUCUCUCUCUCUCACCCUUCCCCUCCCCCUCCCCUCCCUUUAUCAUUAUGUUGCUUCUCAGUAUCUGAUAUUUGGUCACAUUCCGACAGCAAAUAGCACACAGUUAUAUGAAAAAAACAACACUUUUUUCUAUGGUAGAAAAGUACAACAUUGCCAUUUAAUCAAUCUGUCAAUGUCAAAAGAUUUUAAUCUCCCCAAAAAAGUAAAAUCUUUGGUUUGCUUCCUUGAUUAUCUAUGUGAUAUCGUAUCUCUAAAAGGUGAGUUAAUUAUCCAUCAUUAAUCCUGAGUACCUAAGUAUUUAUUAUUUCUGUCGUCGCUUCGACUUGUUCUCCCUAAAUAUGAAAUUUUGGAAUAAGUUUUAACCUUUCUAAAAAUCAAAACUCAUUUCCAUUAUUUUAGUUACCGGUACAUUAACUGAGAGGAAGCUUUCCUUACAUCACUCAGCACUUUGCAAAAAUUCCAGUCAGUCGCACCACCUUGACCAUACUUGACAGAAGCAAUUUUCAUACUAUAUCAUCGCAAGCAACAAUUAGACACUAAAUGCUCAAAGUUGUGAACUUGCUGUAAAUUGUAAAGCGGCAUUUGAGAAAAACUCAGUUUGCAAACAAAACAGGUUUCACUGGGAAACAUCACAGUUCUAGCUCUGAAAAAAAUGUUUGAGAUUUUUCAGUGCUGUGGUACCAAUAUGUUUGAAUAGACAGUUCCGUACCACAAGGAACUGCCUUGAGCCAGAAGAAAAGCACCUGAUUCGUGGGUUGAAGUUGUGGAUAAGUACCGGUACUUGACUAUCUUUCUCCCUCAAUUUGUCUGCUCGUAUUCAUUCUGAAUGCAAUAAAAACAUACUUAGCGCUCUAUA